CAAGGACAGAAAUGUAGAAAAUGGAAAUUGAAACAACACCAAAAUGUCGGAUACGUUUUCACCAAGGAUAUACAAUUUAAUGUCUUCAGAUGUAGACCUCAGGCUCUACCAACGUCCUAAAUAUACUUAGGAUGAGUUUUAUAAGGAGGAUACUUAUCAUUCUCAGCGUAUUCCUCCAAUGUAAAGGCGAUCCCCUAUUAUUGUAUGCAAAUCGUCGUGAUGUGUGCACGGUUGACCCCGGGAGGCCCCGGGGGAAUGCUACCGUGGUCAUCGGUGGUUUAGAAGAUGCCGCUGCUGUUGAUUUCUUUUAUGAAGAGAGCUCCAUCUUUUGGACUGAUGUCACACUAGAGAUGAUUAAGCGUACAUACAUCAAUGACUCAUCACAAAGUAUCAACAUCGCCACUACAGGUCUUGUGUCUCCUGAUGGUCUUGCAUGUGAUUGGUUGGGUCGAAAACUAUACUGGACAGACUCUGAAACAAACCGUGUCGAAGUCAGCCAUCUUGAUGGUACAGCACGUAAAGUGUUGUUCUGGCAGAACUUGGAUCAGCCCCGUGCUAUUGCCCUUGACCCCCUAAAUGGUUAUAUGUACUGGACUGAUUGGGGUGAAACGCCAAAGAUCGAACGAGCAGGAAUGGAUGGCAGGCAGGAAACACGUGAAGUCAUCAUCAAUACAGAGAUCUAUUGGCCAAAUGGUUUGACCUUGGAUUACGACGCAGCCAAAAUAUUCUGGGCGGAUGCAAAGCUGAGCUUCAUACACAGUUCGAAUUUUGAUGGUACAGGGCGAAGCACAGUUGUUGAAAAGUCAUUGCCGCAUCCAUUCGCUUUAACCCUUUAUGAAGAUACCCUCUACUGGACAGAUUGGCAGACCCAUUCUAUACAUUCAUGCAAUAAAAAUACUGGCUUGAAUCGCCGAGUGAUCCAUGAUAAUAUAUUCUCUCCCAUGGAUAUUCAUGUCUAUGCAGCUAAAAGGCAACCAAUGGAGGUCCAUAAUACCGGAGGUAAUAAUCCAUGUCAGCCUAACAAUGGGGGUUGUAGCCACCUGUGCCUCAUGUCCCCUAGUUCACCAUACUAUGCCUGUGCCUGCCCCACGGGGGUACGGCUCUUGCCCGAUGAGAGGAGUUGUGCCGAUGGUCCAAAGGAGAUUCUGCUAUUAGCUCGACGUACAGAUCUUCGUCGUAUUUCUCUGGACACACCCGACUACACAGAUGUUGUGCUACAGUUGAACAACAUUAAACAUGCUAUAGCCAUAGAUUAUGACCCUGUGGACAAGUAUGUGUACUGGACAGAUGAUGAGGUCCGUACUAUACGUAGAGCAUAUAUGGAUGGUACUGGUCAACAAGUAAUUGUAAGCAGGGAGGUGAACCAUCCAGAUGGUAUAGCAGUCGACUGGAUAGCACGUAAUCUCUACUGGACGGACACUGGCACUGACAGAAUAGAGGUCUCUAGACUCAACGGGACCUCACGCAAGAUCCUUAUAUCGGAGAAUCUUGAAGAGCCUCGUGCAAUUGUUCUAGAUCCAGUUGGAGGGUACAUGUACUGGACAGAUUGGGGGGAAAAGCCAAAGAUUGAACGGGCAUACCUAGAUGGCUCUGCCCGCAGUGUCAUCAUCAACGACUCACUGGGCUGGCCCAAUGGUAUCUCUAUCGACUUUGCUGAUCGUAAACUCUACUGGGGAGAUGCUAAAACAGAUCAAAUAGAAAUGUCUGAUUUGGAUGGGUCAAAUCGUCGAGUUCUGGUUCGAGAUCAGCUUCCACAUAUAUUUGGCUUCAGUUUAUUAGGGGACUAUAUCUACUGGACUGACUGGCAGAGGAGGUCUAUAGAGAGAGUGAACAAGUACUCUGGGGAAGACAGACGUAUGAUCAUUGAUCAACUCCCAGACCUGAUGGGUCUUAAGGCAGUUGAUGUGCAUAAGAAAGAAGGUACCAACGAGUGUAAGACGAAGAAUGGGGGAUGCAGUCACCUGUGUCUUAACCGACCCACGGGUCCCAUUUGUGCCUGUCCAAUGGGGCUAGAGCUCUUGAAGAACCAGAAGACGUGUAUUGUCCCUGAUGCUUUCCUGCUGUUCACACGAACCAGCGAUAUUCGACGGAUCUCACUAGAGACCAAUCACAAUCCAGUUGUUAUUCCUGUGUCAAAUGUGAAAGGGGCUUGCGCAUUAGACUUUGAUAUAAAUGAUAAUCGUAUUUAUUGGACUGAUACAAAUCUUAAAACGAUCAAUCGAGCAUUUAUGAAUGGCAGUGCCCUUGAGAAUAUUGUCAAAUUUGGACUGAAAUAUCCAGAAGGCAUGGCAGUUGAUUGGGUUGCUAAGAAUAUUUACUGGACAGACUUUGAAAAUGAUCGCAUAGAAGUGGCAAGAUUGGAUGGUUCUUCACGUAAAGUAAUCGUGUGGAAAGAUUUGAGGAACCCUAGAACAUUGGCGUUGGAUCCAUCGCAAGCGCAAAUGUAUUGGACAGUUUGGGAUGAUCAGCAAUUCAGAAUAGAGCGCUCAAACUUGGAUGGGAGCGCUAGGAAGCAUGUUAUCACAAAUGUGGGACGUGCACAUGGUUUGACAAUAGAUCACAUUGAUCGUCGUUUAUACUGGGUCGAUGUCACUGAUAAGUCUAUUCAGUCUUCUGAUAUGGAGGGAUCACUUCGAAGUCGAAUAAUACUUCAUUCUUUACCUCACCCCUUUGGGUUAACACAGUACCAAGAUUAUAUAUACUGGACGGAUUGGGAGACAAUGAGCAUAGAGCGAGCUAAUAAAACAACAGGAGAAAAUCGAACUCAAAUCCGUGGAUCACUAACCUAUGUCAUAGAUAUACUAGUUUUUCAUGCGUCACGUCAAACUGGCUGGAACCAGUGUGGAGUCCGUAAUGGGCAGUGUUCGCAUUUAUGCCUCGCGGUCCAUAAUGAGCUCUAUACGAAUGGCUCUGAUGAGUUCACCCAUAUACCCCAAUGUGCUUGCCCUACACAUUUCACCCUAGACUCUAAAGACAAUAAAACUUGCCUAGCUCCCAGUGAGUUCCUUUUAUUCAGUCAGAAAAAUCAAAUUAAUAGAAUGCUGGCAGAUACCAGUGAAUCGCCAGAAAUUGUGCUCCCUAUCCAGAACCUGAAGAAUAUCCAGGCCAUAGACUAUGAUCCAGUGAAUAAACAUGUAUACUGGAUAGAUUGGCGCCAGAAAGCAACAAUAAAGAGGUCUGUCAACAAAGAGGAGAAAAGUAGCAAGGCCCAGACAGUAGUACCCAAUCCCCAAGAGUUACUUAAACCAAAUGACAUUGCCAUAGAUCCCUACACACACCAGAUCUUCUGGACAGACUCGAAGAAUAAUGUCAUCAAUGUUACAAGAUUCAACAUGAAAUCUGUUGGGCUUGUGAUUCGUGGCCCUGGGGAGAGGCCCCGAUCAAUUGCACUACAUCCAGAAAAAGGCCACAUGUACUGGGUGAAUAUGGUUCAGAGGCCCACCAUAGAGCGUGCAGCAUAUGAUGGUCAUGAACGAAAAACACUAUUUAAAGAUGGUCUCAUUGAGCCAACUGGCCUUGUGGUGGAUCCCAAAGAUGGCCUCUUAUUCUGGUCAGACAUAAAAUCUCAACAUAUUGAAAGCUCCGACCUAGAUGGGGGAGAUCGUAAAAUAUUAAUUGAAAAUAACAUAUUGAAGCCACUCGAUUUAACAGUGUAUGGCGACUACCUUUACUGGGUGGAUCGCGAUAUGGAACUCAUUGAGAGGGUGAAUAAAUUUAAAGGAAAUGAACGGACUCAGAUUUUGAGCCGGGUGCAUGUUCUAACUGGGAUUGUAGCCGUACAGCAUUUAAGUCAGGGAGCGUUUAAGUCACAUCCUUGCGCAAUCAAUAAUGGAAGGUGCUCUCAUUUAUGUAUCAUAAAAAGCUCGGAUACGAUUCGGUGCUCGUGUCCUGUGGAUCUAGUCUUGCAUAGUGAUGACAUUACGUGCGUUGAGCCACCAACAUGUGCGCCGGAUCAUUUUACGUGCUCAACAGGUGACGAAGGUUGCCUUCCUCGGAACUUUAGAUGUGAUGGUGUUAGCGAAUGCCAAGAUGGGUCAGAUGAAGAAGGAUGCAAACAUUGUGAUUCACAAACCCAGUUCAGAUGUGAUAUAGGAGAUUGUAUUCCUCUCUCGCAACAAUGUGACGGUAAUGUCAACUGUCCUGAUAAAUCAGAUGAAAAAGACUGCUGCACGGCAGGUCAGUUUCGUUGCAAUAAUAAACAGUGUAUUGCCAAUAGUAAACGCUGUGAUGGAAUCUAUGAUUGCCUAGAGCACUCCGAUGAGCUAGAUUGUCCUCUGAAUCAUGCUUCAGGUCCAUUUGAGAAUGACUCUAGUACGGCCCAGUAUACAGUAGGGAUAGUUGUUGGCAUUAUCGCAGUUCUUAUAGCAGUCGUGGUGCUCAUCAUAGCCUGUAAGAGGAAAUCACAGCAUCAACCACUUGAAGAGUGUAGAGACAUAAUCAUGGUGACUAAACCCAUGUUGAACCCUACCUCAGAUCCAGGUAGCACGCCCCCGCAUACAUUAACUACAUCACGUGGGAAAUCAGGCACAACAUGUCUGAGUGUCAGUUCAGCUAGUGGGCCCCCUCCUAACUAUGAUAGGAAUCACGUCACAGGGGCAUCCUCCAGUUCCUCUAGUGUUACCCACUACCCAAGAGAGACCUUAAAUCCUCCCCCUAGUCCAGUAACUGACAGGUCAGUUGCCGGGGAAUACAUGUACUAUUCGUCAAACUCCCCGAGCACUGUCCGCUCUUAUAGACCAUAUAGAAAACACCGCCACAUUCCCCCAUUGCAUACCACACCAUGCACCACUAGUGCCUAUGAGGAGAGCGAGCCAUACCCUGAGAAAAAAUACUAUACCCCUGUUAUGGGAUACGAUUCUGAUCCUUACCCUCCUCCACCAACCCCGAGGAGCCAUUAUUUAUCUGAUGAAACCAGCUGCCCCCCUUCACCAGAGACUGAACGAAGCUUCUUUAAUCCUUAUCCCCCACCGCCGUCCCCAGUAGCCACCUCAGAGUGCUAAAAACAUCUGUCAAGAUCUUUAACUCUAAUGUUAUUGAGCGAGUAAUCAAACAAGUAAAUCUAUGUGAUCUGUCAGCAUUCAAUAGACUAGUCCAUUUGAAUAAAAGUUCAACACAGUUAUUAGGUUCAUAUUACGAUUCAGCUUCAGGGACUCAUUUUUUCAUGUGUAUUUUCUGAUGAUCCUCAUUAAACAGUUCAGCUUAAGAUUUUGACAGGUGUGUAAUAUAAGUCAUAUUCUUGCAUUGGAUAUCCUAUUAGGAAAAUGUCUAUUUUACAAACUUGUAUUUUCUGAAAGGUAAGUACUUUGUAAGCUAUGUACAGACACAGAGUUAUAUAAAACCAGUACGGUAGAUUAUUUGAUAUUAAUCGAUUUACUUGUAUUUUGCUGUAAUAGGAGAUACUGCAUUAUUUAUUGAAAUCAUGUUUAAAUGCAAGUAAAUUAAUGUAAAAUAUGUAAACAAAUAGUUAAGUACACACUUGUCAGUGUGAUAGUGUAAAUAAAAUGUACAGAACCACAGUUAUAAGAUUUAACUCUUUUCUGUCUGAAGACACCAUUUUUUAGACAGAAAGAGUUAAAGUGAGACAGAUUAUAAUGUUAAUCAAUAAAUCAACAAGUAAGGGGUGUUCAAAAAGUUUAGAGAUAUUCCACAUGGAAUUUAAUUCCAGUUAAAAUAUGAUUUAUAUUUCUUUUGAAAAUCUUGAACCAUAUAUUGUAACCCACUAAAGAAAACCUAAAUCAUAAUGUUUUAUUUUCAUUUAUGCCGCUAUGAUUUUCAGAUUUGAUCAAAUGUACAAAAUAUUUUAGGAAAAUAUAGGGUGUCCCUAUUUAUAAUAGUCCACCCUGUAUAUAUUUGGGUUAUAGUAUGUAAUAAGAGAUAUUUACAACUUUUUGAACAUCCCUCGAAUAUAGCAAUAAAUAAUAUGUGUAUUAAAGGUUCACAAAGUGAUACAGUUAAACACAUGAUCUAUCUAAAUAUGUGUAUUUGUAUAGUAGCUGUGUAUACAUUUAAUUUAGAAAAUUCACUAUACUAUUGUACACUAGGUAUAUAGUUUAUUUUCAAGACCAUUGGUGUUUCAUCAAUUCUCAACACUUCAACACACACAUCAAUUAUACAAGUGAUGCAACCAAACCAAUAUGAAUGCAAUUUUUACAUUUUGAUACUUCUUUAAUGUUUAUAUAGAGGUUUACAUAAUAUAUUACCAGUUGUCUUAAUCAUUGUAAAACCAACUUUUCAAAUCUAUUUUUUGAAAAUGUGCUCGGAAAAUUACCUUUAAUGAUGCAUUUCCUAUGGUGUGAUGCUGGAGCAUUGUAACUCUAUCCUCCAAAGACAUCAUUUCUCUGUUGCCCUCUAUCUACAGAUGGCUACUGAUUUACUAUUUAACAAGUCACAUAGCACAUUGAUGUGGUAAAGCAGUGACAAGGAUUGUAUCCUGUAACUCUCAAGAUAUUUCCAAAGUUUUUUCUCAGAGAAACACAUUUCAGCAAAAUAGAAUAUUUUUUAUAUGCAUCUGCAGAGGGUAGUCUCUAAUCAUUGAAGACAUGGAGAAUGGAGAAUAUUGUUACAUACCAUAAUUAUUUAAAAGCCAAAAUGUAUUCAUCAUUGCCAAAUACCAAAAGAACACCAUUCACAUGUUAACAUGUUAACCAUUAUUCUGGGGGCUGUUUCUAGAAUUCAUUGUGUGAGGUUCAUCCAUUUAUCAUCACAGUUAUUUAUAAACUGUGAGCAUUUUAGUAUCAAUUACAAUUAUUCAUGCAAAAAUAUAAUGCACAAUUAUAUGAAUAUAAUAUACAUUUCCAUCAGUUAGAAUUCACAAAACCAAGAUUCACAAUGUAUAUUGUAGAAAUGGUUCCUUGAUGCAAAGCUAUAAGGAUGUAAAGUUUAUGAAAGGAGUGUGUGUUAAAAUUACAUUGUCCUCAGUUGAACUGUCUUGUACUUAGCCACAACCAAGUUAGGCCCAUGUUAUUAAAUUGAAAGGUAACCUGAAUUAAAUAAUUUUGGGGGCUGGGUCUUAGACUGUAUAAGUCUAUUCCGUUUGACAGUGUGAUGCAAAGCCUCAUAAACAUGGCCAGUUAGGUGACUUGACUGGUGUGAACAAAACAAAGUUUGAGGAAUUCCUGAGGCUGCACCUUAAAUUGAAUGAUGAAUUUAUUGAAUAUUUUGUUCAAUUGCAAGUGUUUAUAUCGUAAUGUGCUAAUGUUUGUGGUUUUAUGUGUACAAGUAAAUCAUACAGGUGACAUUCUUUCACAUGUGUGUCAAAGUGUGAGUUUGUGAUUGUCAUGGUUGUAGAGAACCGAAAGCAAACCAUGGGAAAUACCGGGAUGGGCAUAACUUUCAAUUGAAAAAUUUCAGAAUAAUUUGAUCUCGCGUAAAGACAGUGAGUGAUAGGACUGUCUCAAAAUCAUUCAUUGAUGAUACUUGAUUUUGACUUAAAUUGAUGAAAUUUCCUCAAAAAAGAGAAAAAAUAUAUUUAUUUCUCUUUAGAAUUCGACUUUAUUAAUGGAAUUUCCUCAAAAAAGAGAAAUUUGGUAUUUAUUUCUCUACUCAUCCCUGGUAUUUUCACAUCAGGCUAUUUUCAUGUAGAAAGAAUGACCACCUUGGUAUUUUCAUGUGGAGGGGAACUGCUGCUGGUAACAGGGUCUUUUAAAGAAAUUACCAAUAGAGAUGGCUUAAAUUUUCUCAUCAUGUACUUAAUUAUAUUGGUUGUUGUUGUGUCGUUGUUGUUUUAUAGAAAAGCUGAUGUUGAUGAAGUUUAGGGGUCGAGUCAAAAUAUCAACACUUCUCCAAUCAUUUCAUUUGGGAUCUGGUAUACUAGUAACCAAUUAUCAUGUACUGUGAAAGGAUAUUUUUUUUUCAUUUUGCAAAGCAUAAAAAUCAUUGCUUUGGUCAUAAAAUGGGGGUAGGGAUGUUAUUACUUGGAUGAAAUGAUUCCAUCUUUUAUCUUUUCGUCCUUUAUAAUUUCAUAUUUCAUAAUUUCAUUUUAAUCAUUCAUCCUUUAUGAUAUCAUGUUUUAUCUUGUAUCUAUUCAUAUUUUAUCAUAUCAUCUACCUAUCUUUGUCAUCUCAUCUAUCUCCUCUAUUGGCAAAUGUUGAUGUUUUGAUUAACUCCCCAAGAUUAUAUGAUUUUGAAACCAAAAGUAAGAGCAGCCAGGAAACAUAAAAUUCUAUUACUAUUCUGUAUAUACUUUAUAGUAACAUGCAAUCAAUUAUAUUACAGAACAGUUACAAAUAUGUAGUAAAUAUAUAGAUGAAUGUACUUAGCUGUUACAGUAUGUAUAUAUAGAGAACAAUCAUGUGUAGAGAAUGUAGUGUACAGAAUUAUAAAAUAUGAAUUUAUCGCAACACCACCACAACCAAAUGCUGAACCUUCAGGCCAUCCCAUUCCAGUAAAGGAGGUACUUCAAUCCCAUGUUGCAAUACUUUUAGAAACCAUGACAUUUCUUGGGAUUGAAUAGCCCCUGCUAACACAUUAAGCAAUACAUUGUAAUUAACAGCUGCUUAUUCAAAUGUAAAGUUGUCCAUUUUAUGAGUUCUAUGUUUCGCCAAAUAAUAAACAUUGUAUUUUAGUUAUAUGCUGAUCAUUUUAUAUAAAUCAAAUUAUUAAUUGCAUUUACUUGCAUGUACCAAUUGUGCUUAUUCUACACCACAAAUAUACUGAAAUAAGUGUAUUUUUGAGAAUCAAUGAAUCGUCAAAUUUUUCCUCAUGUUAUAAUAGUUGUUAUUGCACCAUUGUUCUAUUGUCCAGAAUCCAUAUACCUUUACAUGUUGCCAUUUGACUUACCAGUCAUGCAUAGCUGGUGCCAGGUAGAUGAUAAUUUAAAACUGGACAAUAUUUAUUUUAUCACGAGUAAAUUGAACUGCAUUAAGAUUCAAAAUAGUGUGCCUAAACAGCAUUUCCUAACAGAGAAAGGUAAUAAAUGUUAAGACAAAGUUUUCAACAAUAAUCAUUGUGAUCAUUUUCAAAAGAGAAGUACUGUAGUACCUGAUGUUGAUUUACAGAGGGAAUGGGUCUGAGCCAUUGUUUACUGAGUUUAAUGAGGCAUUGAUAUUCUCACUUGGCACUUCAUUUGGUUGUUCUUAGAAAUGUGCCUACUUAAGCCCAUGCACAUAUACACUGUGAAAAUGUGACAAAACCAUUGCAAGGACUAGGAGCAUACAUUUAUGCACAAUGUACAAUAUAAUGAUACUGGUAUAUGCCAUUUGUAUAAUUUGUAUUGUACAAUGUAUAAUACAUAUUAUACCAUGUAUAAGUUAUAUUAUACAUUGUUUGUAUAUAACAUACAGACCACUGCUGGAUAAAUGGAUGAAAGAUGUAUGAUUGAGUUAGGAUGUUACUGUGGUGUAUAGUAUACAUUACAUGCACAUACAAUGUACAGUUUUGUAGAUUUCAAAUCAGGAAUAAUAAUGUCAAAUAUAC